AGUAGAUAUGUUUUCGUGUAUCUAACACUCAAAGUUUUAAUAAAAUCGGAUAUGAAGCUAGCGCACUGUAUUGUUGAUCAUCAGUAAAGUCACAAACACAAAAUGGCGACAAUCAACUUGUUUAUUCUAUUGUGUUGUGUAACAGUGUUUGUUAGUGCACAAAAUAGUGAUGUAGCAAAAGCUGGUGAAAGAAAUUGGGGUGGAGUGGAAGCAGACAGGGGACAAUUCAAAUGGCAUGUAGCCAUCGGAAAUAAAGCAGAAGAUGGUGAAUACAAACCAAUUUACAGUGGAGCCCUAAUUUCGAAACAAUGGGUUCUCACACAUUACGGCAUCAAUACUUCUAAUGUAGAUUUAGUAGUUAUUUUGGGCGCAACUCGCUUGUAUGAUGACCAAGAUGGCAAAAUAAUAACUAAAUUUGAGAAAAUUGUGUAUAGAUAUGAAUAUUGGGUUGCUUUAGGUAAACUAGUUGCACCUGUGCAGUUUACCGACUACAUUGGACCAAUUAAACUACCAAAACCAACUGAUUACCUUGCUGGAGGUACCUCAGUGUGGUUUAGUGGAUGGGGUUGGGUGAAUCAAACUUCAGACUAUGUCAAUGAACUCAGGUGUGUUGAUUUGUUCACGCUUUCUAAUGAAAAUUGCAACUGUGGUAAUUACCCUGAUUAUUACGUUUGCACCGAUGGCAGUGAAGGAAAAUGUCCGUGGUUGGGUGGGGACCAUGGUGGGGCAAUUGUGCAGUACAUUAAUGGCGCUUGGACUCAUAUGGCUAUGAUGAGUUUUAUUCACUAUAAUGGAUGUCCUAUGGGCGAACCCACUGUAUUCACACGUACUACAUAUCUUCUUGAUUUUAUUUACGCCAAUACUGGUCCUAUAACUAUUUACAAUUAA